GUUGGGAACAUAGCAGCUGGCGCAGUCAUUGUGUUAUAUUAUCGGUAGAACGCUGUUAGUCUCACACUCCUCUGCUUCUGUUGGUUGCGUGUCAGGAGAGUGAGGAAGGUUCACCAUGUGUCAACGUUGGUUACUACUUGGUCUUGUGGCGGCGUGUUGCUUCACCCUGGCUGUGGCCGCCCCUAACAUCGUCUUUAUCUUCGCUGAUGACCUAGGGUGGCAUGAUGUGUCGUGGCACAACGAGUAUGUGAUAACACCCAACAUGCAGGAACUGGUGGACACUGGUGUUAUGUUGGAGCAGAGUUACGUCCAGCCCCUCUGUACUCCCUCACGCUCUGCCUUGAUGACUGGACUCUACCCCUUCCGUAUUGGCAGACAGGGGAGGCCAUUGAUGAACGGUGACCCGACAGGCCUCACCCUGGAACGAACACUCUUCCCAGAGAAGUUGCAAGACCUAGGCUACGUAACCCAUGCGCUUGGCAAGUGGCAUUUGGGCUUCUGUGACUGGGCCUACACCCCUACCGAGCGUGGCUUUAACACCUUCCUAGGGUUCCUGGGUGGUGCAGAGACCUACUUCACUCACAUGCAUCAAGAGGGAUACGACUUCAGGGACCAGAAGGAAGUGGCGUUUGAGGCCAAUGGCACCUAUUCUGCCUACCUGAUUGGUGACCGAGCUGUGGAGAUCAUUGAGAAUCACGAGGACCCCAACAAGCCGUUCUUCAUCUACCUGGCCAUGCAGAACGUACACAGCCCCUUUGAGCUGGGCUACUACCCUGACGAGGAAGACCCUGCUCGUCAAACCCUGCUGGCGAUGGUGACGGCGAUGGACGACCAGGUGGGACGUGUGGUGAAGGCUCUCAGGGACUCUGGCCAUUAUGACAACACCAUCAUCAUCUUCUCCAGUGAUAACGGCGGCGUCGCAAAUGCUGGAUCCAGCAACUACCCACUCUACGGGGGCAAAUCUACCAUGUGGGAGGGAGGUUGCCGUGGCGCUGCCUUCAUCCAUAGUCCCCUGCUCGAGAACAUCCCGCGGGUGCACGAGGGCCUCUUGCAUGUCACUGACUGGUACAACACCCUCCUGGAAAUCGGUGGGGCCAUAGACGCACCCUCCAAUGACGGCUACUUCCAGUGGGACGCCCUCAGGACUGGCACUGUGCCCUCACCAAGAAACUCGUUUAUCUACAAUCUCAACAUCAUGAACGACGGCAGUGCGGCUGGGGCCAUCAGGGUUGGUGAUUACAAGUACUUGAAGGGACAACAUAAAAGCAAAAACGAAACUGAAACCUCAUACCUCUUCAACAUUAAAGAUGACCCCAGUGAAGCGAAUAACCUGGUAGAGGAGGACCCAGUGCGAGCUUUCGAGCUGGAGGCACUCUUGCUGGCUGAGCUGACAGGUCUAGUGCCCGUCGACCAACCUGAUACCGACCCCGACUCUGACCCUAGCAACUAUGGUGGUGUUUGGACCCCAGGCUGGUGCGACCCUUAUUAGACUAUUGGACUUUGUUCGGGAAAAUGUUAAAAUCUAUAUGUAGAUAAGAUUUCUUAACCCUUUCAGGAAUAAUCAAUUAUAUGAUAUUUCAAGUAGCAAUCAAUAAUGACUUAUUGAACCUGAGAGGCUGACAAGUAACAGACUACAAAUGAUAACUGGCUUAAGCCAAUUAGCAUUAUACAGGUAGCACGCGACCUGGUUAAGUGGUAAGAGACAUGCGAUCUUGUCUUAAAACUUACAAGGAGGACGCCAGCACCAUGCAGGCAGUGCAGGAGAGGUAACUCAAACAGCACACCUGACACGGUACUUCCAGCUGUAUAACCUGUCACUCCGGUCGAAAUGAUUGGCGCCUCCACGAGAGCAACAUUCACAGCCGAGAAAAAAAAAAUAGCGGCAGCACAGCAAGAAACUUGGAUUUGUGGUAACAGUAGUCUGUCUACUCUCGACCCAGACAAAAAAUGGUUCACUGAUGAAAAUUGUUUUUCAUCCUUGGAGGUCUCGCCACACACGAUAUCACCCACGACACACAGUUAGACAACAGUGCUUUUUUGGAUGUGGUGUACAACGAAAGAUACAGGCGAGCUGGUUCAAGACAGUUAACCCAAACACACCAGAAACGUUAUGGAGGACUGUUAAAAUGUACAGUCGCCCACAAAAGUUGUGUCGGCGCCCAACGCUGUCCGCGAACUCCGUCUUAAACACAUUAUAUGCAUUUUCAAACUAUUUAAAACUAUGACCAUACUUAAUUAUUAAUUUAAAAAAUUCAUCUUUGUUUCAGAUUUGCACUUUAUUGUGAUUGUGCAUAAAUGAAGAAGAACAAUACAACUUGGUUAGGGAAAUAUGUGAGAAUAAAAGAAAACUAAAUUUCUUGAUGACUUACACAUGGAGAUCAGUGGCGGGGCCAACCAUUAUUGGCAAUUACAUCCCGUAUACCUCCCAGGGACUGCUGCUACUUGUCGUCACACUGGCUCACCUUUCCUCAACACUUCCCAUUCCUGAUUUACAUGCUGUAACAAUUGUUGGGACGUCCUUUCUUGCGAUGGCUCCCACGCGCUCACUAUGUUUGCUCACAUAUUCUCGAUAGAAGUCAUGUCACAGGUAUUACUUGAUCAGGCAAGAAGUUCUAUGUUCCUACGGUCCUAAAACCACCACAUGACUGUCCUUGCUGUAUGAAUAGGGUCAAUUAUCAUGCAUACACACAACUCUCGGGAAAGGAGAAAGUGUAGGUCCGCAAUGAGGGAAGCAUAAACUCCUCCAGGAUCACCAAAUACUGUACUAGUCAGUCCUCAACUCGCUGACACCAUGCAGGUUGAAGCCAGCCCUCACACUGCUGCUGACGUGGCUGCUCCGCCCAAUUAUAUACCAUCUCGUGCAACCUGAAAUUGUGAAUGUAUUUUUUGCUGAAACUAUAAUUAUAGAGAUAAUAUAAAUGAAAAACUUG